AUGCAGUCUCAAUACCUGACCAAUUCAAGCUGGCGACUAGCUCUUGGUGAGCUUGAGCUUGAGCUUGAGCACUGGAAGCUGGCCAUUUUGGUGUUGUUGCUCUCCGUCGGCGUCGUCGUUCUUGUCAACGUCAUGCGGCAAGUGCACUUCAAGUAUAAAGAUGAGCCACCCAUUGUCUUUCAUUGGUUCCCAUUCUAUGGUGACAUCUUCGCCUUUGUCCCACUUGGCCAGAAAACUACAAUAUACCUGGGGACUAAGGGCAACGAGUUCGUCCUCAAUGGCAAACUCAAGGAUCUGAACGCAGAAGAAGUCUACAGUCCGCUGACCACACCUGUCUUUGGACAAGGCGUUGUCUACGACUGUUCGAAUGCCAUGCUGAUGCAGCAAAAGAAAGAAGGUACUUGA